AUGUUGCGCAUCCACCUGAUCUUCCCUCCCCUCCUUCUCCUCCUGGGCGUCUUGAUCUCACCAGCCCACAGCAUCUGCGAACAGAGCUGCGAGCGGAUCUCCACCCUCCUCUCAUCCUGCUCUCUUCCCCCACUCUCAACAGACCACACCACGAUCGACGACACUCGACCGGCGGAUACCAGUCGCGUCAACAUAACCGGCGUCGAGAGUACAUUUUUCGCGCCCAGCGGCCCAACCACAAACUUCCUAGAGUCGAUCGCGGACGCAGAGUGCUUCUGCACCAAGACCCGGCGGUAUUUCCGCUACCCCUGCGAGCAGUGCUUCCUCACCGACAUCUUCGAAUCCGGCGAAGACAAGCCGCGCGAUAAUCACUGGGAGGUUCUCGGGCGGUAUAGCAAUGACUGCUAUUCUUUCGGAUACUUCGAGAAUGAGACGCUUGCGUAUCCGUCCACGACGCGAUCGGCGCUACCUGCCGCUUUUACCGCGAGCGAUGUCGAGACGGGAACAGAAGACACCGACACCGACACCAACUCCGACACCAACUCCGACACCAACACCGACACAUGCCAAAACGUCUGCGGCCUCAUCCGCUCCCAGGCCGACGAAUGCAGAUUAACCUCACUCGACGCAGAACACAUGCCCCCAGUAGUCAGCAUCAUCUCUGGACCCUACACGGGCCGCGUCCUGCUGAAUCGGACUGCCGGCGAAUGCAUGUGUACGCUUCCCGUCCUGCGGCGGACGAGGGGGUGUCGCUGGUGCAUGCAGGAGGGGCCGGAUGACGGAUCGCUGGCGGCUUUGGACGGCGUAUCAGCACGAGUGCACGGCGCUCGGGUAUUAUGGGGACGCGGCGGUGGUUGGGUCGGUUGA